UGUAGAUAAGUCAUUCUAUAUGCAUUAAGCAAGGCAGUGUUGUUGUAUAAAUACCAUACCGAGUACAAAUAUUUCACUACUUCAUCCUCUAUGCCUAGGCAAUCCACAACUCCAACCACCAGACCCACAACCAAUAUACAACUCAUAUACAAAUAUAUAAUAAUAAUUCGAUCAAGCCAAAGAAAGUAUGGCAGCUUUUCAAGCUUCAAGCAUCUUUUGCUUGAUGGGAUCACCUAAUCAAAUGCGUUUUCAAAAACGAGUAAUCAAAGCUACUACCAAUAAUACUCCAAAAUUCCAGGUGAGUCCUCCAACUUCUCCUCCUCCCAAGCUCCCAACCAAAAGUUUUAUCCAGAACUUGGAAAACGAUUAUUUCCACUCUUCCAUCAAAAUCAACACCACUGGCAAUAUGUCAGAUGAUCCAACGGUGAUUCCUAAGCUGUAUGCAAUCAUGGAAGCCAUUGCAGACAGAGUGGAGAUGCAUAAGAACAUCGGAGCUCAGCGUGACAAUUGGAACCAUCUCCUUUUAAUCUCCAUCAAUGCAAUAACUCUCACUGCUGCAACCAUGGCAGGACUUGCAGCUGCUGCUAGUACUAUUUCUACUGCAAAAGCACCCUUUAUGGCUCUCAAGCUCUCUUCCACUUUUCUCUACGUAUCCGCCACCGCCAUGCUGGCGGUGACAAACAAAAUCCAACCGUCCCAGCUCGCCGAGGAGCAGCAGAACGCGGCGAGGCUGUUCAAGCAGCUCCAUGCACAGAUUCAAACAACCCUAUCUCUCAACAACAACAGUGUAAGUAAUAAUAUUAAUAAUGUGGAUGUGAAUGAAGCUAUAGAUAAAGUGUUGGCAUUGGACAGGGCUUACCCUCUUCCUUUGUUAGGUGAAAUGCUCGACAAGUUUCCCAAAACUGUGGAGCCCACAGUGUGGUGGCCAAGAGUACAGAAUCAUCAAAAUAGGGUUCGGGGGGUUGAAGGUGAUUUAGUACAUGGGAAUAAUGGGUGGAAUGAGAAGUUGGAAGAGGAGAUGAGAGAGGUUGCUAGGGUUUUGAAGAGCAAGGAUGUGCCUGAGUACUUGAGAUUGACUGAAAUAGCCUUGAAAGUCAACAGAGUUUUGGCUAUUUCUGGUCCUAUUUUAACUGCCCUUGCAGCUUUGGGGUCUAAUUUUGUGGGUUCAAGUAGCAAUCUUGGGGUGUGGGGAGUAAUGGUAGGGGUCAUAUGUGGAGCUUUGGCUAGUGUUGUGAAUACAUUGCAGCAUGGUGGGCAAGUUGGGAUGGUGGUUGAAAUGUACAGGAGCAAUGCUGGUUUUUUUAGGCUGAUGCAAGAGAGUAUUGAAUCAAAUUUGAGAGAGAAACAAGUUGAGAGGAGAGAGAAUGGGGGAGUGUUUGAAUUGAAGGUGGCUUUGCAGCUUGGAAGGAGCUUAUCAGAACUCAAUCUUGCUGUUUUCCCUGAAAAGUUUGCAAGCAAGCUAUUCUAG